UUUGGCUCGAGAGGGAGUCCACUGUGCCACACGGCAGCAGUACGGCUGCGGCUCGAAGGCUUUUGGGGGCCACUGACUUCACCAGGCUCAUGUCGGGCCGACCCUUGCGAAGGAGGCUUUGGCCCCUGGUUUCGCCCCUGCUGCUUUGCUGUCUCUCGCAGGUCGCUGGACCCAGUUUCAUUGGGCUGCCCAGCCGUGUGAGCGCCCGGGAGGGCCUGGCGAGGCAUGCUGCGGAGAAGGGUUUUGGAGCUGCCAAGGAAGAUGGCAAGAAGAAGAAGAGCAAGGGCGGUGAGGAACAGACCAAGGAGGGUGAGACCAGCAUUGUCAAGGACAAGAAGUCCUCCAAAAGCAAAGCUUUGAGUAAGCAGCGCUUGAGCGAUCUGCGCGACAAGACCCUGGCGGUGCGACAAAAGCGAGAGGAAGAGCUGGAUGAAUAUGAGAUGGGGAAAGCCAUGAUCGCCAAGUACGGCCGCGAGGUGUCUGUGAUGCCUCCCAACGUGGCGGAGCGUGUGGCCAAGCGAGGCAUGGUCAUCGGUGGCUCUUUUUAUGCCACCAUGCUGGCUGUCUUCGCCUUCGGCAUUGCGCUCUUCAAGACCCAGGAGAUUGUAAUUCCUCCCACUUUGAUGGCCUUUGUGACUUUGGCACUUUUGGCUUUGGCCAUCUUUGGGGGGUCCUAUGGUAUGAUGUCCGCCAGCUGGGAUCCUGACAAAGAGGGCAGUGCCCUGGGCGCUGAGGAGUUCGGUGACAACAUGAAGAUCCUGGGCGAAGGCUUUCGAAGAGCGACGCUGCAAACCGAAUACGAGAAGGCCCUGGACAUGCGGAACGAGCGCCGCAAGUUGCUGGAGGCAAAAGAAAAGAAGAAGCAGGAGUUGCUCAACAAGUGAGGCUUUGAACGACGAAGUUGCUCAUGUCUUCAUCUCGGAAGGAUCAGCUCCUUCUGGUGUGAGGUUUUGUGCGGGACUUUCAUGGCCCAUGCGCAUGGUUCCCUGUGCAAAGCUCGUUUCGGGCAUUGACACCC